CAGAAGGAAGGUUGACAGAGUUGACUAGACCGCGUAUUUUCUUUGUAGAAAGUUGGCGGCUAAUUGAAAGCGAUUUAUAACUUCAAUGUUCAAUUUGUACGAUAAUAUUACCGAAAACUGACGUGAUAACAAAUAUUAAUAUGGUUGGAAAUGAUUCAAGUGUUUGGUCCCAAGACGAAACUAUAAGAAUUCUCAUCGCUUCAGAUAUUCAUUUAGGUUAUUUAGAAGAACAUCCUGUCAGGGGUGAGGAUAGUUUUAUAGCUUUUGAAGAGACUUUGUCUCUGGCGGUACAAUAUGAUGUGGAUUUGAUACUGCUUGGCGGUGAUUUGUUCCACCAUGCGAAACCGUCUCUCAAUUGCAUCUAUAAGUGCAUGGAAAUCGUACGCAAGUAUUGCUUAGGCGAUAAGCCUGUAAGUAUCGAGUUGCUGUCGGACCAGACAAUUAACUUCUCUCGAAACGUCAAUUAUGAAGACCCAAACUUGAAUGUGUCUUAUCCGAUUUUGUCAAUUCAUGGUAAUCAUGAUGAUCCUGUUGGACGGGAAGGCAUAAGCAGCCUUGAUUUACUUUCUACAGGAGGGCUGGUUAAUUACUUUGGCAAGUGGACAGAUUAUACUCAUGUCCGUAUUUCGCCUGUACUGUUACAAAAAGGUGAUAGCAAACUUGCACUAUAUGGUUUAAGCCAUCUUAAAGACCAGCGCUUGUCUCAUCUGUUCCAAGAGAAAAAGGUAGAAAUGCUGCGAGAUGAACAACAUGACUGGUUCAACAUACUUGUGCUGCAUCAGAACAGAGCUGAGGACAGAGGUGCAGGAAACUUCAUUAAGGAAGCUGAAUUACCAACAUUUCUAGAUUUAAUUGUGUGGGGUCAUGAACAUGACUGUGAGCUCUAUGAUAUGAAAGGCAAUCGAGAAGCAGAUCACUUUAAUGUCAUCCAGCCUGGCAGCACGGUGGCUACAUCAUUGGCAGCUGGUGAGGCUCGACCCAAACAUUGUGCAUUGCUACAAAUACAUAAAAAUGAUUAUAUUCUAACUGCUUUGCCGUUGAAAACUGUGCGACCCUUUAUUUUUAAAACAGUUGUGUUGUCAGAACAUAAUCUUGGGGAUGAGGAUGUCAAUGAAAGUGAAAAGGUACAAGAAUAUCUUAAGCAAAAGGUCAAUGAGGCAAUAGUGGAAGCACAAAAUCUGUUAUCUGGAGACCCCAGACAACCAACUAUGCCAUUGAUAAGACUCAGUGUUUUUUAUGAAAGGGAGGAUCAGAUAUUUAAUAGAGCAAGGUUUGGCCAAAACUUUACAGGCCAGGUUGCAAACUCUAAUGAUAUCCUACUUUUAAAACGCGAGCGGAAAAUACGCGAAAAGCGACAAGGCCAUGAAGAAGAGGUGGAUGUUGCCGACUACGUGGCAGACUCCACGAAUGUGGAGACGUUAUUGCGUGCCUACUAUGAUGCUCUGCCACCUGAGCGCCGACUCGCUGCGCUACCAGUCCAACUUAUGACCGAGGCUGUGCGAGAUUUUACUAUUAAGCAACAUGAGGAGAUUCUCAGGUUUGCCCUCGAUGCAUAUAGAAGGCGUUGUAUCACCACUUUGAUAGAGUCCAACACUGAUACGGAUAUCGAAGCUAUUGCAGACAGGCUCCGAGUGCUCCGCGAUGAAAUCGAUGCAGCCGAUGUGACACAGCUUGCGGCGCUUAAAGCUGCUGCGCCGGCGCAGAUUGUAAUCGAAGGAUCGAGCGACGAAGAGCCGACUCGGUCCGAGGCCGAGACAGCAGUACGCGGCAGAGGGCGCGGUGCGCGCGGGCCUCGCGGCGGCCGCGCCCGCGGGCCGCGCGCGGGCCGCGGCCGCGCCGAGCCGAGGCCGCGUCGCCGCCCGCCGCCGGCGCCGCCCGCCGCCGCGCCCGAGCGCCGCACGCCGCGCCGUACGGCCGCACAGAAAACUGCUACAUGGAUUCAGAAUUUUGCGUCAAAGGCUCGCCGUCGGGAUUCUUCUGACAUCGACGACUCCGACUGAACGACCUUUGCUUUUGUUAUGCUAUCAUGUUUGUAAGAUUGUUGAUCACUUCUAAAAAAGGAAUUAUUUCCGUUUCGAACACUACAAAUUCAUAAAAUUGAAAACAAACCGUUAGAUCAUUAUGGCGAGAUUCUCCUUAAUUUGUUCUCGGACAUAAAACGCUUAACUAACGUAUAUAAUAUAUAUACCCUUUGGCGAUAGCUAACUGUUAAGCUACAUUUUUCUGUAAAUGGUGGAAUGUUUGCCCACAAUUUGUUUAUGUUUGCUAAGGCGAGUAGAUAUUUGUCCUUUAUAAUUUAUCUUGCUAGGUCAGGCGCCUUGUCAUGCCAUGUCAUGUCAGGUCAUGUAGGUAACGCACGGUGGACCUAAUCAAAACGAUUAUUUACUUACUAGAACUAACGUCCUUGUAAAAAAAUUCGGCUGAAUUGAUUAGUGGUUUUAUCUUGAACAAAAAAAGUGCGGUUUCACAAGACGACGUGUGAGGUCGGAGCUAGUAACGUUCCUCGUCCUCCAAACACCCGCAUUUUGGUACGCUACUUUAGGAUGAACUCUCCGCUCCGUGACCGUGCCAUCAUACCUACUAUGAUACAAAAUACAAAUAAAUGGGUUCUACUCGAAGUGAUUUAUCGUAGUACCCGACGUGCGGUGCGAUUGCUUUCUUCAUAAAUUCGUGAGAUAGAAUAUUGUUAAUACAUACUUGAUGCAUGUAUUUAUGUACAAUUUAAGACACAGUACUGUAAAAGACAGUUUAUUUGAAAUGCUUUGUAUUUUUAAUAAUCUGGUUGUUUUAUUAGGUCUGAAUUGAAUAAGAAUAAAUGAUAAUAAUUUG